AUGUCUCGCCAGUCCUGUGGUCUCAGCAAGGGAUUCAGCUCCAGCUCUGCUUGCUUCGGAGGGAGGAACGCGUUUGGCUCUGUGUCCCGUGGGCGAUGCAGGGGACCUGGCAACGCCGGUGGCUUCAGCAGCAGGAGCCUCUAUUGCUUGGGAGGGAGUAAAAGUGCCUCUCUGGGAGGGUUCAGUGGAGGUGGUGGUGUCUACAGAGGUUUUGGAGCUGGUGGCCAAGGAGGCUUUGGCUACGGCUACAGUGCUGGGGCAGGAUUUGGAGGCUACUAUGGUGGUGGGGCCGGAGGCAGCUUCAGUGAAGGUUUUGGUGGCUUUGGUGGAGGAUUUGAUGGCGGGAUGGGAGGUCAAGGCUUUCCCCCUUGCCCACCGGGCGGCAUCAGGGAAGUGACCAUCAACCAGAGCCUGCUGGCUGCACUCAACCUUGAAAUUGACCCUGAGAUCCAGAAGGUGCGAAGACAAGAGUGGGAGCAGAUGAAGCAGCUCAACGACAAAUUUGCUUUUUUCAUUAACAAGGUCCGGUUCCUAGAGCAGCAGAACCAAGUCCUGGAGACCAAGUGGAAACUCCUGCAGGAGCAGGGUGGCACAGGGACGGGUGGCAGGAACCUCGACCCCGUUUUUGAAAGCUACAUCAGCGGGCUGAAGAAGCAGCUGGACUUUCUCUCAAGCGAGAAGCUUCAGCUGGAGUCAGAGCUGAAGAGCUUCCAAGAUGUGGUGGAGGACUUCAAGACCAAGUACGAAGAGGAAAUAAACAAAAGGACAGCUGCGGAGAAUGCUUUUCUGCUCCUAAAAAAGGACGCGGAUGCAGUCUAUACGAUCAAGGUGGAACUCCAGGCAAAAUUAGAUUCUCUGGCAGAUGAGAUUAACUUCUUGAAGUAUCUUUACGAAGCGGAGCUGUCUCAGAUGCAGAAGUCUGUUUCUGACACCUCUGUGGUUGUCUCCAUGGAUAAUAACCGAAACCUGGACCUGGAGAGCAUCAUUGCAGAGGUCAAAGCCCAAUACGAGGAGAUUGCCAACAGGAGCCGAGUGGAGGUCGAGUCUUGGUACCGAUACAAGUAUGAAGAGCUGCAGGCUACCGCAGGCAAACACGGAGACAGCCUUAAGAGCACAAAGAUUGAGAUCUCUGAGCUCAACCACAUGAUCCAGAGGAUACGGGCUGAGAUCGAGAGCGUGAAGAAACAGUGUGAAACUCUGCAGAGCUCCAUCGGGGAUGCUGAGGAACGUGGGAAGCUGGCCCUCACGGAUGCUAGGGCCAAACUGACUGACCUGGAGUCAGCCCUGAAGAAAGCCAAGACAGACCUGGCCCGGCAGCUCUGUGAGUACCAGGAGCUCAUGAACGUCAAGUUGGCCCUGGAUGUUGAGAUCGCGACCUACAGGAAGCUGCUGGAAGGAGAGGAGUGCAGGAUGUCUGGACAGUGUCAGAGCAUCACGAACAUCUCUGUGGUGGGAGGUGGCAGCAGCUCUGUGGGAGGCGGAUACGGCAGUGGACUGUGCCUUGGAGGAGGAGGAGGAAUCGGAUUCGGUGCUGGAAGUGGGAAAGGCAGCUGUAACACAGGCGGUGCUGGCUUCUGCUACAGCCUAGGGGGGGGCGGAUUUGACUCCAGAGGAGUCGAGUUCUGCGCUGGGGGUGGAUCCAGCUCUGGAGGGGCAGGAUUCGGCUCUGUGGGUGGUGGGUGUAACUCAGUGGUGGGGGGGUCUGGCACCAUCAUGAAUAACACCACCAGGUCUACGACUGUCAACUGGAGGGUCUAG